CUUCUUGUCUUGUCAUAAUGUCUUGAGAGCUCUCCACAAGAACUUCCAGCUCCAAGCUCCAACCGGAGGCUUCAAGAAUGGCUUCAGAACCAGAGACACCACGAAUAACCGAGCUCCAUGUAAGGAUGGACUGCAACGGGUGCGUGCACAAGAUCAGGAAGACCCUGAGCGGCAUUGACGGCGUAGGCGAGGUACAUGUUGAUCAAGCUAACCACAAGAUCACGGUGGUGGGGAUCGCUGAUCCUGCGAGGAUCGUCAAGGCCAUCAGGAAGGCCAACAGGGUUCCAACCAUCUGCUCACACACCGACCCUGCAGCAGCUCCGGCGCCACCCGCGGAAGGGGGAGAAGCCCCGCCUGCUGAUCCGCCUCCGCCUCCACCCGCGGAAGGGGAAGCACCGCCGCCAGCACCUGCCGACCCACCGCCUGCGGAAGAGGCCCCAGCAGAACCCCCGGCAGCAGAGAACAAAGAGGCGCCGCCGGCUGAAACGCCAGCCACCACCAUGAUAUACGUGGUGCGUGAUUACCCAUACAGCUACCAUGCGUACAGAGGUCACUGGGCAAACCAUCCGAGCAACAUUCAUGGCGUCCGAUACGAUGCUGCUGCACCAUAUUACGCAGCACAUAGUCGUAGGCUCGUAGCUACAGUCCUUACAUAUCAGAGUACGGACAUGCGGGCUCUUCAGCCCAAGAAGGAAGAUGCCACUACCAUCCAGCGGCUGCUACGGGAAGAGGAGAUGGAAGCCAGAUCACUUCGAUGUUCAGCGAGGAGAAUCCCAACGCAUGCAGCAUAGCAUAAUUGAAAAAAGAGGCCGUUUGCGUAAGGAAUCUGUUUCUGUAAACCCUUUCGGCCAGAAAGGGCAAGUGAGACAGAAUUUUGCUUUUUGCCUACAGUUUGUCUAAUUCACAUCUAAAUGUUUUCUAAGGAUGUCACAUCUAAACUUUCACAAA